CAUACACUUCAUUUCACACGAUACACUACAGUUAUUGCCUACAUACAUAGAGUGACAAGUUUGAGAGAGAGUGAAACUCAAUGGAGAACUUUCCAGUUAUUGACCUGUCAAAGCUUAGUGGUGAAGGGAGAAAAGAAACCAUGGACAUGAUCAAAGAUGCCUGCGAGAAUUGGGGCUUCUUUGAGUUGGUGAACCAUGGAAUAUCUCAUGAGCUGAUGGACACUGUGGAAAGACUGACAAAGGAACACUACAGAAAGUGUAUGGAGGAAAGGUUCAAGGAGAUGGUAGCCAGUAAGGGUCUUGAGGCUGUCGAGUCUGAAAUCAAUGACUUGGACUGGGAAAGCACCUUCUUCUUGCGCCACCUUCCUGUCUCCAACCUGGCAGAAAUUCCUAACCUUCAUCAAGAUUACAGGAAGACAAUGAAGGAGUUUGCAGCAGAAUUGGAGAAAAUGGCAGAGCUUCUACUGGAGUUGCUGUGCGAGAAUCUUGGAUUAGAGAAGGGGUACCUGAAAAAGGUAUUCUAUGGAUCAAAAGGACCAACCUUCGGGACUAAAGUCAGCAACUAUCCUCCAUGCCCAAAGCCUGAACUUAUAAAGGGGCUGAGGGCCCACACAGAUGCAGGUGGCAUCAUUUUACUAUUUCAAGACGAUAAGGUGAGUGGUCUCCAGCUGCUCAAGGAUGGCCAAUGGGUUGACGUGCCUCCCAUGAAACACUCUAUUGUCGUCAACUUAGGCGACCAACUUGAGGUGAUCACGAACGGGAAAUACAAGAGUGUGAUGCACCGGGUGAUUGCUCAGAAGGACGGCACGAGAAUGUCGAUAGCAUCGUUCUAUAACCCAGGGAGCGAUGCAGUAAUAUAUCCAGCUCCUGAAUUGGUUGGGAAAGGGGAAGGGGAAGGGAAAGCGACGACGGAGUAUGACUAUCCAAAAUUCGUGUUCGAAGACUAUAUGAAGCUGUAUGCUGGUCUCAAGUUCCAAGCCAAGGAGCCCAGAUUUGAGGCCAUGAAGACAAUGGUUAAUAUGGAUCCUAUUGCAACUGCUUAAUUAUGUAAAAUAAACCAAUUGAGUGUGCGCUACUAGGUAGUAAUCCAGCCUUUAUAUUAAAUAAAUGUAUUGUGCCUCUGAUGUGUGCGUUGUGGAAUUUAAAUUUUAAUUUAGAAGGUGAACAAGAACCCCUCUAUGAAUAUGAAUGUGUACGUCGUAAUUAAUAUUCCAUCUGCUCUGGCUUCUGUUUUAAGUAUUUAUUUAUUAUUUCCCUUC